CUGCUCCUCCCGCGGCGCCCCCUCAGGAGCGGCGGCGGUGGCGGCGGGGCAGCUGCGGCCCCGAUCCCGCCCCACCGCGCCCCCAGCCCUGCCCCGGGGCGCGGAGCGGGCACAGCCGGGCCCAUCCCGCUGCUGAUCCCGCUCCCGCUCCGUGCCGGGCGCGGCCGGCGGCGCAGGAGGCCGGGGCCAUGGCGCUGGACGGGAUCCGCAUGCCGGACGGCUGCUACGCCGACGGGACGUGGGAGCUGAGCGUCCAUGUCACCGACCUGGGCCGCGACGUCACCCUGAGGGUCACCGGCGAGAUCCACAUCGGCGGCGUCAUGCUGCGCCUCGUCGAGAAGCUCGAUGUCAAGAAGGACUGGUCAGAUCACGCGCUGUGGUGGGAAAAGAAGAAAACUUGGCUCCUUAAAACUCACUGGACGUUGGAUAAAUACGGGAUACAGGCAGAUGCCAAGCUCCAGUUCACCCCUCAGCACAAGCUGUUGCGCCUGCAGCUGCCCAACAUGAAGUACGUCAAGGUGAAGGUCAACUUCUCCGACAGGGUCUUCAAGGCUGUUUCUGAUAUCUGCAAAACCUUCAACAUCAGGCAUCCAGAAGAACUCUCCCUUUUGAGGAAACCCAGAGAUCCAUCAAAGAAAAAAAAGAAGAAGUUGGACGAUCAAUGUGAAGACGACACCUUCGAGCUGGAGGGGCCGCUGAUCACUCCGGGGUCCGGCACCGAUAUUCUUUACAUCGGCCCCGUCAAAGGAAAUAUCUAUUCAAGCCCAGGACUCUAUAGCAAAACGAUGACGCCGACCUACGACGCCCACGACGGCAGCCCCCUGUCCCCCACGUCCGCCUGGUUCGGCGACAGCGCCCUGUCCGAGGGCAACCCGGGAAUCCUGGCCGUGAGCCAGCCCGUCACCUCCCCGGAGUCCUUAGCCAAAAUGUACAAGCCCCAGACGCUGCUCGAUAAGGCCAAAAUCAACCAAGGGUGGCUGGACUCAUCCCGAUCCCUGAUGGAGCAGGAGGUGAAAGAAAACGAGGCUUUGCUACUCCGGUUCAAGUACUACAGCUUUUUUGACCUGAAUCCAAAGUACGACGCGAUCAGGAUCAACCAGCUGUACGAGCAGUCCAAGUGGGCCAUCCUGCUGGAGGAGAUCGAGUGCACGGAGGAGGAGAUGAUGAUGUUUGCAGCUCUGCAGUACCACAUCAACAAGCUGUCCAUCAUGUCCUCGGAAAACCACCUGAACCACAGUGACAAGGACGUGGACGAGGUGGACGCCGCGCUCUCGGACCUGGAAAUCACCCUGGAAGGUGGCAAAACGUCCACAAUCCUGGGUGACAUCACUUCCAUCCCAGAGCUCGCCGACUACAUUAAAGUCUUCAAGCCCAAGAAGCUGACGUUGAAAGGCUACAAGCCCUACUGGUGCACCUUCAAAGAUACCUCCAUCUCCUGCUACAAAAGCAAAGAGGAAUCCAACGGGACUCCUGCUCACCAGAUGAACCUGAGAGGAUGUGAAGUUACCCCUGAUGUGAACAUCUCUGGUCAGAAGUUCAACAUCAAGCUCCUGAUUCCGGUGGCGGAGGGGAUGAACGAGAUUUGGCUGCGCUGCGACAACGAGACGCAGUACGCCAGCUGGAUGGCCGCCUGCCGCCUGGCCUCCAAGGGCAAGACCAUGGCCGACAGCUCCUACGGCAUGGAAGUGCAGAACAUCCUGUCCUUCCUGAAAAUGCAGCAUUUGAACCCAGACCCGCAGCUGAUCCCGGAGCAGAUCAACACCGACAUCAACCCCGAGUGCCUGGUGUCUCCUCGCUACCUGAAGAAGUACAAGAACAAGCAGCCAGGCUAUGUAAGAGAUUUGAUCACGGCACGCAUCCUGGAGGCUCACCAGAACGUGGCCCAGAUGAGCCUCAUCGAGGCCAAGAUGCGCUUUAUCCAAGCCUGGCAGUCGCUGCCCGAGUUCGGCAUCACGCACUUCAACGCAAGGUUCCAGGGUGGGAAGAAGGACGAGCUGAUCGGCAUCGCCUACAACCGGCUGAUCCGCAUGGACGCCGGCACGGGCGACGCCGUCAAGACCUGGCGCUUCAGCAACAUGAAACAGUGGAACGUGAACUGGGAGAUCAAAAUGGUGACGGUGGAGUUCGCGGACGAGGUGCGCGUGUCGUUCAUCUGCACCGAGGUGGAUUGCAAGGUGGUGCACGAGUUCAUCGGGGGCUACAUCUUCCUGUCCACGAGAGCCAAGGACCAGAACGAGAGCCUGGAUGAGGAGAUGUUCUACAAACUGACCAGUGGCUGGGUGUGAGCCCCGCCAGCCUCGCCCCACAGGAACCCCCAUGGCCAUAUUCAUGUUUAACUUUCCAAAGCUGUCCUUUGAGAUAAUGCUGCUUAAUAAAGUAAGCUUGAAAUGUA